UUAAACAUGUCCGUAAAAUAAUCCGCACAAACUUUAAACUAGUACGAGGUGUUUUUUUGGCAGUUUUUUUUAUCUUCGUGAAUCCCUCAUUGUGCGAGGAUGUUUUCGUCUAUCUGGAGUUUUAUUAAACGCCAUAAAAGGAAGUUUAUUUUCUCCGCAGCUGUAGUUGGAGGAGUGUACUUCCUGGGUAAAUAUGCCCAGACGAAGAUCAGGGACAUCCAGGAGAGGGAGGCGACGGAGUACAUCGCUCAAGCCAGACGGCAGUUCCACUUCGAGAGCAACCAGAGGACGUGCAACAUGACCGUGCUGUCGAUGCUGCCCCCGCUGAGAGAAGCCAUCGUCAAUCAGCUCAACUCAGAAAGUCUCACCGCACUACUCAAGACCAAACCAGCCAAUAAACUAGAGAUCUGGGAGGAUUUAAAGAUCAUCAGUUUCACUCGGACCAUCGUGGCGGUGUACAGCACCUGCAUGCUGGUGGUUCUGCUCAGAGUCCAGCUGAACAUCAUCGGAGGAUAUCUGUACCUCGACAACUCUGUGGGCAAAACCGCCGUGACUCCUCUGGCUCCUCCUGACGUCCAACAGCAAUAUCUGUCCAGCAUCCAACAUCUACUAGGAGACGGUCUGACGGAGUUGAUGACGGUGGUGAAGAGAGCCGUGCAGAACUCACUGGGAAGGGUCUCGUUGAAGCAGAGUCUGUCCCUGCUGGAGCUGGAGCAGCAGGUGAGCUGGAUCAGAGCGGAGGUGGAGGCCGGCUCGGAGCGGCGGCUAUCCUGGUACAUGCUGGCCGAUGACGAGAACGCACUGGCCGACCAGGCGUGCGGGCUGACGGAAAACGAUGUGUCUACCAUCAGACUGUUAAACGAGACCAGAGACAUGUUGGACAGUCCAGACUUCGGCACCGUUUUAAACGCCUGUCUGCAUCGGGGUUUCUCUCGUCUCCUUGACAACCUGGCCGAGUUCUUCCGCCCGCCUCCCGGUGACUCCGCCCUCAGCGCCGGACCGGACAGUCUGUCUGCGGUCAGUCUGCCGCUGGCGAAGAUCAUCCCCAUCGUCAACGGUCAGAUCAACACCAUCUGCAGCGAUACGCCCAGUCACUUCGUUCAGGACCUGCUGAUGAACGACCAGGUGAAGGAGUUUGCCGCCAAUGUGUACGAGACCUUCAGCACGCCGCAGGAGCUGCAGAAAUAAUCUGAGAGAGAGAGAGAGAGAGAGAGAGAGAGAGGGAUGAAAACAGAUGAUUUAAAGAAGAAGAGAAAAAGAAAACCUGGACUGUUAUUCCCUCCUUUCCUCCUUUUCUACGAGACUCUUUCCUUCCUCGAGACUCCUGCAGACUUUUCGCUCCGUGACGAGUCGUGGCUUAAAAAUCGUCCGUUAAAUCAGCCUCCAUGAUGGAUUAUUGACCCCCUCCCUCCUCCUCCUCCCUCGUCCCAAUGCAUCUUGGGAGCUGGAGUCUUAUUUAAACCUGGUUUUAUUUGUCCUGAGAGGUGAUGUUUGUUUGGAGGUAAGCCGGAGAAAACAACUGACGAAGGAUCACAGAUUAAACUGAAUCAUGUCAGUUUGUUCUGUUUGAGAUUACAGAUUCUUUUUAUAAUAAUUUUCCUCUUUUUUUUUUUCUUUCUUUUUUUUCUAUCACUUGGUUGGUUGAGUGUUUUAUGUCUGAUCGUGUCUUCAGCUGCUUCGGCUGUGUGUGUGUGUGUGUGUGUGUGUGUGUGUGUG